CAGUACGUAAAUAAGUUGAUCAAGCUCCUGCUGCUUAGUCGGAAGGUUGUUUGUCAUCAUUUAGCUCCCUCAGUAUAUUAUUGACCACGCUACAUACAAAGUCUUGGAGAUAAAAAAAAAAACAGAAUUGACAGUGUAUAUGACACGCAAGGAUAUGACAUCUGACUUUGUAACGUAACUACAAAGUAAUCCUCGUGUGGAUAACAAACCGAGGCGUUAGUUAGCCAGCUAACAGAGGUUAGCGCCACAAAUUUCCACACCGAGUGACGUCCAGUCUCACUUUCUCUUCCAUUUCGUCUUCAUCUGUGGUCGGCCUUUAGAUUCUGUCACCAAGUUCAGUUCGUGGUCUCGCCAGGAGAGGAUGAACUGGCUCUUCCCCCUGUCCAAAGGCUCUGGACCGAUCCCUCCGCUAAACAGCCUACAGCAACAAAGACAGCGGCAGAUCGAGUCACUCAAAGCCGCUCACCCCAGCCUCGCAGAGAUCCAGAAGGAUGUGGAAUACAGAAUACCAUUCACAGUCAACAACUCCACCAUUAAUGUUAACAUUCUGCUGCCUCCUCAGUUCCCCCAGGAGAACCCGGUGGUUAGUGUCUACCCCCCUGUUGGUCAUCAUUUAGUCGAUGGCAAUAAUGGUACCAUGAUCACUAGCCCCCUCAUCACUAAUUUUGGGAUGCACUCAGAUCUGGGGAAGGUAAUUCAGAGUCUGCUAGAUGAGUUCUGGAAGAGUCCUCCUGCCUUGAUGUCAGCUGGCACUACUGGAUUUCCAUACAGUAUGUACAAGCCAUCAGGCAUCGCUCCUUACCCCACUCAGGCUUUCCACUAUGGUCCUCGCCAUGUGGGCUCCAGUCACACAGCGCCUGCUGGUCCAGGCCCAGGGGUCGAUAGUGCCCAUGGGCCCCCCCGAGCUCCAGCCCCAUAUGGACUGAUUUCUGACCUACCGCUGCCUGUUCCUACUGGAGACUCACAGGCUGGACUGAACGGUCACAUGUACAGGAUGCCUGAGAUUCCUGAGUCUUUUCCUGAACUCUGUGACAUGAAUCUGACCCAGUUGUCAAACAUGUCUGAAAACGAGGAUGUGCUACUGGAGUUCUUUGUGAGUUUGCCUCAACUCAAACAGGUCACCAGUGAUAAAGAAGAGCUGGUCACCAAUAUAGUGGACAUUGCUAAGAAAAACCUUCAGAUGGAGCCACAGCUGGAAGACAAAAGACAAGAAAUGCUCCACAAGUAUGAACAGCUGACUCAGAUGAAGUUGGCCUUUGAGACAAGGAUGCAGAGACAGCAUGAACUCAGUGAGAGUUGUAGUCUUAGUACUCUACAGGCUCGGUUAAAAGUUGCAGCCCACCAGGCUGAAGAGGAGUCGGAGGAGAUAGCCGAAAACUUCCUGGAGGGACGCACAGACAUUGACGAAUUCCUGACCAGCUUCAUGGAGAAGAGAACUCUUUGCCACAGCCGAAGGGCCAAAGAGGAAAAGCUCCAGUCCAUCAACACACAUGGACUGUAUCCUACCAGCCACUAGAACACAAGGUUUGGUGUUUUCUCAGCCAACUGCUGCCAACUAAAAGGAUAAAGACAUUUAAGGCGAUGAAAGCACACUGAGUCAACAAUGGGCACUUUGGAGAAAUAGGAAGACAGUGAUUUCAGUGAUGGGCUAAAAAAAAGAAUCCCACUGUGCCUAUAUCUGGGCUAGAAAAAACAGCUGUUGAAGUUGGAUUGUGGGAGAGGAAGACGGAGAAGCUAUUGAGUCGCCACAAGAGGCCACAACUAGAAGAAUGAGUGACACAUGUCUAACUUUUCCAACCACUUUACUAAGGAUUGAUCAUAUUGUGGAUAUUUUCUAUUGCACAUGCUGUUUAUUCAGUUUUGACUUGGCAGUAACGACAUUUCUUUCCAGAAUUUAUUUCACAACACCUGCACCUGAUCAGAGUGGUUGGUGAUGUGAACAUAUUUGGAAGAAAGUACAAAAUGUUUAGGACAGUUUGCCCAAUCUUACACUUUCCCCACACAGUGAGCAAGUAAAUGUCACUAUGAAAUAGUAGUUAAAAUGCUAACGUUGGUGUCUGUGCUUUCAGAUUGUUGUCAAGUCUUUACUUUGUAAUCCCAGAAAGGUCCCAAUUUUACUGGACAGACAGAGGAAUAACAUUUGCACUGCAAAUCUCCUGUUUACAUUGGAAAGACUGAUCUAGACAUUUACUUGAAACUCAGCACUGGCAGUGUCACUUCAGCAAGACAAGAUAAUCUCAAACAUAAAAGAAGCGAGAACAUGGCAGUGUUGUCAGGUGAGAUUUAGCUUGGGCUGUUCAAAUUUAAACUCACAGUUGUCAGUAUUUUUUCUUUCAUUAAGUUGGUGGGUCUUGAACGCAGCGUCAAUAUCAGUGUGUUUGCACAAACAUUAAUUCGAUUAAACUUGCCAUGGUAAUACUCUGGCUCUCGUAUUGUUGGAUACACCAUAACACAGUUAUCAGCUGUAUGUCAAAGUCAGAGUCAACAUCCAAAUAAUAAACCUGGUUUCUGCUCUCAUUUUAUUUUUUUCAUUGCUGUAUUAGGUUGUAUUAGGUUUGGGGGGGGGGGGGGGGCGCUACCACAAUCUAUUUGACUUUAACAAACAAGUUAUGUAAGCUGAGGUUAUCGGGGAAACAGAGCACCGUAAACCACAUAAACGGUUUAAUCACAAUAUUACCACAAUUCUAUGCUUUUAUUAUUAAUUGAGUUAUUUGUGUACAUGUAAACAUGCUGAUGAGGACCGUUAUGAUAACCCAGCUAUUUUCUGACCCCAUUUGAACUUUAUAUGUUUGAUAUGAAAAGCCUCAGAAGAUUUGGGAUAAUGUUGAGGAACAUUAGGUUAAAUGCUGCAGUAAAACUCUGACAUUGGAUACUGUAUUUAAUGUUAAUAGGCUAUAUUGUAAUCAAAGGCUCAAGACACCUUGUAUUAUAUGUUCUUAUUUAAUUUGUUAGAGUAAUAAAGCAUUUAGAAUGAA